CUUAGUUGACUAGUUAAGGAAAUUCCUACCAGCUCUGUUUGUGUUUGAGUUCUUUCGGUAUCGUGACAUCACGGAUGUAUUUUUGAAUAACUCUCAUCGAUUUGCAAUCUAGAUUUAGUUUUUACUGUUCGAAGGUGACCCAAUGAUUCAAUGGGAUGCUGUAUUAUUCUUAUUACUUUCCUGCAACGUGACUUAGUCUCUGGUGUGGUGGUUAGAAUUGGUACCUUGCUGCAAUCAGAAGACUGAGGUUCAGCAAGAGUCAUUGUUUUGAAGGUGAUGCUCUAACCAGUGCGCCACCUGCUGCCCUAUGUCAAGAGCGCUUUUGAGCGAGACCGGCUUUUUUCUCUUUUAAACGCCUCUCUGUGUCCUCGGCUUCCGUUUCCGCUCCAGUAGCAGCUGCGGAGAUGUCCAUCGGCGUGCCCAUCAAAGUUCUGCACGAAGCCGAAGGCCACAUCGUCACGUGCGAGACCAACACGGGAGAGGUGUACCGGGGCAAGCUGAUUGAAGCCGAGGACAAUAUGAACUGCCAGAUGUCCAACAUCACCGUGACGUACAGGGAUGGGCGCGUGGCCCAGCUGGAGCAAGUCUACAUCCGCGGCAGCAAGAUACGCUUCCUGAUCUUGCCGGACAUGCUGAAGAACGCACCCAUGCUGAAGAGCGUGAAGAACAAGAACCAGGGUGCUGGAGCAGGAAGGGGCAAAGCUGCUAUUCUCAAGGCCCAAGUGGCCGCCAGAGGCCGUGGACGUGGAGGGAUAGGAAGAGGAAAUAUCUUCCAGAAACGGCGAUAAUCCCCCCCCCC